CACAUCCCGAUCUCAUUUCAGUCGCGUACGGGUGCGAGUCUGGACGUGUGUCUUUCUCGUAACAUUACCGCCCAAACCAGGCACAGGAGCAGAGACGAAAAUCCAAGUGCACCGUGAGCAGAAGUGUGUGUGUGUUAGAAAUUGAAGAAGAAAAGAAAAACAGCACGCGCGUGUGAUUUUAGUGCUUGCAAGUGAGCUGCACCUCCGCAACCAAACGACCACCGACACUCGAGCCUUCCAUGCAAUCAACGAUCGUGUCCGGCAAUCAACCCGUCCGCCAUCGCUGAGUCCGAACUCGUCCCCUGUCAAAAGCCCCGAGCAGUAGCUGCGCGAGAGCCCGUGCUUGCUGUGCCUGCUGGCUGCCCGCCGCAUCGAGUGCAACGCGUGUGAGUCUACCAUUCAGGCGCAAACCGUCGCGCGCACCGCUUGCUAAACCAUGAGCGCGUUCCCGGAGGUGGUCGAGCUGAACGUCGGCGGUACCGCGUACGCCGUCAGCCUGAAGACGCUGCUCGCCGAGGAGGGCUCCUGGCUGCAGGACACGUUCGGUGGGGGCAGCCCACCGCCCGACCUGCCCGUCGACGCCCGCGGCCACUACUUCAUCGACCGCGAUGGCGGCCUGUUCCGGCACGUGCUGGACUAUCUGCGCGAUCCGGCACGGUACACCGUCCCGAUCGGGUUCCUCGAGCGCGACCGGUUGCGCCGCGAGGCCGAGCACUACCGGCUGGCCGGGCUGAUCGAGCUGCUGGGCAAGCAGGUGCCGGGGUGCAUCACCGUCGGCUACCGGGGCAGCUUCCAGUUCGGGCGGGACGGGCUGGCCGACGUGAAGUUCCGCAAGAUCACGCGCCUGCUGGUGCACGGGCGGGUCGCCCUCUGCCGGGAGGUGUUCGGCGACACGCUGAACGAGUCGCGCGACCCGGACCACGGCGGCUCGGACCGAUACACGGCCCGGUUCUUCCUGAAGCACGUGUUCAUCGAGCAGGCGUUCGACAUGCUGCAGGAGCAGGGCUUCCGGCUGGUGGCCAGCUGCGGCUCCGGCACGGCCGGUUCCGUGUCGGAAAACCUCAAGCCGGGCGUCGACACGGAGGAAAACCGCUGGAACCACUACAACGAGUUUGUCUUCGUGCGCGACUAAGCGCGACAGCGCAGGGCCACUUUUGACACACACACUUUAAAUACACACACACACAGACACACACAAUACACAAACUGGUACACACUGGCAGACAGCAAGCAACACACACCCGUGAAUGGAGCAGACUUGACAUGAGAUGCUAGAUACGCGUGGAGGCUGGACGAUGGCAUCGGCGAUGCAACCGGCGGGCAGAACAAACACCACAACAAACGGACACAACUAUAAAACAAUAAUUUGCAAACAUCGCACAACCCGCAACGGCGGAACGCGAGCCCGAGCCGAACGACUUAAAUUCGACAACUCGAACUUUUGCAGCCCCUUAAAGUUCGUACCCUUGAAUUGAUUUCGAUCGCUCUGGUGCGCGAAACGGCCGGCACGGGAGUACAGCGACGCGAUAGUGUGCAGCAAUCAAAUCCAGCCACUACUACUACUGCAGCAACAGAGUGCAGGUGAGCGAGAAAAAGAGAGAGAGAGAGAGAGCGACAGAGGUGGGUGGAGAUGCAACAAAAAAAUACUGCAGAUAUGGCAGCUUCCGAAAACCAAUCAAUCACAAUCCACCGGGCACAUGGCACAAAGCGCAACCCUAACUUCCCACCAAUGUAACAAACGUGGUAAUUUUUUGAUAGUAUAGCUCAAUCCCCCCCCAUUUUCACAACUCAACAACUCCACACAGUAGUAAUAGUAGGUAAUGUGAUUCGGGCAAUAGUGUCAAUGGUCGUAGCCCUCGCUCAUCUUCCCCGAGUGCCAGUGACAGUGCUGGGGAAGGGAACAGUAAAUCAGAACAACAAAACAAAACCCACCGAAGCAAAUGGGCAGAACCGGAACGGCCGCAGAAUGGAAUUGUUUUUAAAACCACCAUUCUCUUCACGGCAAGGAAUGAUCUCGGUGUCUCGGUUUAAAGGGUUGUGGUACACCCCUCCCCACAGGGCGGAAUGGAAUCAAAGUAGCAUUUGUCCGACCACUUCGGCAGAGGAGUAGUUACCGUGUAAUAGAGAAAUCGAACUUUGUAGUUUGAAACUGAACAAUCUUAUAGAUCCAGUUUUAUGUAGUUUUUUUAAGUGAGUACAAUUGUGCAAAGUUGCUGUGUUAGUAUGUGUGAGUGUGGGGAAGAAGUAUAAAGCACACGCACACACACAUACAGAAAAGAAAUCUGAGAACAACUUUUGCCAUUUUCCGCUCCAUCGAAAUUGCAAGAGUUUUUCCCAGCCGGUUGUAGCUGGCACAGCAGCUAAACUGCACAGAGAACGCCAUAAAAUGCUCACAUACGAGCACAGCACAGACUCACACAAACAAUCUUCCAUUAGCCAUUUUUUUUUCCUUUCCUGCGGCUUUGACCGUACCAGAAACAAAACAACAAAAAAUCUCCCUGUUCCCGAUGAGGUUAUUUUCUACCGAGCUAGGUUUUAUUAUUAAUUAACAAAACCAACACCCACCACGCUCCCCCGACUACUGGGGGCAGAAUUUGAGCAGAAGGCCCAGCCAACGUGUGUAAGUGUUCGGAAAAGGGUACGGAAGCGCAAGUAACACAGCAUGUGGCGUAAACAGGGCGUUGCAUUUAUUUCAGAUAAACACGGUCGAGUGCUGCGAACGGUCUGGGACAAAGAAGACAAAAAAAAUUCACACACAAACACACAUACAAAUACCGCCAAGCGGGUUGUUGUGGACAAUUCGGGUGAAAGUGCAAAAGCAACAAAUUGAACGCUUAAUCCGAACCACGAAAAUGCGUCAAAUGCAUCUGCUCAAUGGAUACUAAACGCCACACACAACACACAACAAAACCAUGCACACAUACACACACGUUCACACAACAAUUGAAAGCGUUCACAGCGUUCACACAUAACGCGAAGAUAUUAAAAAAAAAACAACACCCACACAUACAUUCACAACGUCAAAAGAUUUACAAGUAUUUAAGCGAGUUAAGCAAAGGAAGAGAAACAAAACAAAAACAAAACCAACACAACAACUUGAAGCGGGUAGAAGCGGGUAGCAAGCAGCAAACAAAUGCGAACAAGAAAAUGACGAAGCAGAAAACAUGCAGUCUAAGUGUACGUGUUUAGAAGCAUAACUAAAAGAGUCGAAAUCUCUCGAUCGAUACUUUACUAGUGAGCAAAACGUUUUUGAGCGGCCGUGAAGGGCAGCAGCGUUGAAAGAAGGUAAGAAAUUAAGCAAGAACAAAAAAAAAGAUAAAAUAAAAUAAUACCUACCAGUGGGAGCACAAGAAAUAAACUUUAAGCAGAAAAAGAAAAGUGAGAUAGCAACAAAAACAACCAUAACGUAGUAAUUGCAAAAUGAUAACAAUAGUGAAAUAAUACAAAUAGCAACGAGAAGGGAGAUGAAACAUAAACGAGAUAAUAGAGCAGCAGAAUGAGCAGCAGCUGUAAUUGUACGAUUAUAUUUAAACCACCACGGCAACACGGCACGGUGUGCGGAACUCUGGGUACGGGAAGGCACGGUUAAGGAUUGAACGGACGCGUCAAAGCGAAACGAUCUGAUUGUGUAUGAAAGGGGAAGGGGGGGGAGAUGACGGGAAGUUAUUGAAUUUUGAUGUAAAGCAGCAACGCAACACAUCGUUUUGCGGGGAUAAAAAUAGUUCCAUCUGUUUAUUUCGCUUCAUGCUACGGGUGGAUCAGUUCGGAAUGUGAUUCCGGCUGUAGCACUGAACGUGCCGUUAUAUGAACUAUGGGAAUUACUUCUUUACCUUUUUCUUUCUCUCCAUAUCUCUCUCUCCCUCUUUCUUUAAUUUUCUCUCUUUUUAUCCGUGGUUGGACAGCAGUGCCGGUCUGACGGUACCUGCUUCUAGCUCAACUUUACCGCAAAUGGAAACAUUGCAUGUUUACGGAAUUCCUCAUUACGUGAUGAUGUGGAGGCCGGUCUUUGAUCUUUGCGAAUCGUUUCAUCUGCAGGGUGGCUUCUUUUUUUGUGCCACCCUAGAAUCUUGUUUAUGCUUAUGUAUGACGGUCAUGCGGCAACAUUCAAUUGCCACCCUCACCUACAUUAGUGACCAGGUCAUCUGUUUCUAUUUUUCUGUUGUUUUUUUUUUUAAUCUAAGUUCCUUCAACCUUCCUUCCUCCCCUCCAAAUGACAGAUACUCAAGCAGAAUGUUUAAGAGUGUUUGUUAGGAUAGACGAGCGUUUGUGGACAUGAGUGUGUGUGUGUCGAUUUUGAAGCAAUUCACACCGCACAUAGCUCCACAAGCAUGUUGGGGAAUGGUAGAAUUUAUCAAGAAAAGUUAUAUGCGGGAAAGAAGAAAACAGCCAAUCAGAUAUCUCUUUAAUUAAUAAUGCGUAACGCGAGCAGUAAUGGGAGAGCGAUAAUACUUCAACAUAUUACAACUACUACUACUACUAACUAACAACUACUAUUCAUCGUAAUGGUAACAAGAAAAAAAAGAACUAUACUAUUAAACAAUAAAAAAAAACUGAGACAAUGGUGAAAGAAUGACGGAAAAAACAAAACUUACACACCCAAACCAAGGACGGAGAAAACUAGCAGCAAACACACACAAAAUUGGAAUGAAAAAAUAAAAUACUUUAAUUGAUAAGAUAAACAAGCGAGCGACAGAUAGGGAGAGCGAGCGAGCGCAAUGAAUGAAAACAUCCCAGCAGACACAAAAUGCAGAACUUAGUAGUGAGAAACGCAAAAAAUGCAGAAAUAAUAAUAAUAAUAUGAAUAAUAAAGAAAAGAAAAUAUAUUGAAAGUAAUUAUAAUUAAUGCAAACCGAACACAAGAAAAUGAACCCAGAAACACAGACACACACACACAUACACACGCACACACCCGAAACAUGCACACAAAAGUGCGCAAACCGUAACACCGACACACUCCCAACACAGAAAUGGAUCAUUGAUACACACAAUACAAUAUAUCUUCAACCAAAGUUAAGUUAAGUAACGAGCCAGAAACCCUAGACAUGAGCAUCAAAUCACAUGACGUGGAGCAGAAAUUGAGGAAACAGGUGAGAAAAUUAGGCGGAUUGUGGUAAGAGAAAUGAAGCACAAGGGAUAGGGGAACACGACAAGAACAUCCUUUAAAAAAAUCAGUGUUGAAAUCGAGCGAUUAAUUAGCGCAGGCGAGUAACCUACCACUGGACGGGUAGAGGGAUUGUUCUUGUUGGUGAGGAAAGUGGGGCCAGCGACCACGCGAACGAACCACCCACAGGAUGGGCAGACGAUGGGGAAGACACAAUGGAAAAUGGAAAGCAUAACGAUUGAACGUGAAACGUCUGACGGUUUGCUAGGUAGAAAGACACAGAAAGAGGAAGAGAGCAAGCGCAAGUGCGUCAUAAUAAAAGCCAAACAAAACAAAACAACAACAAAAACCUAAGGAAAACCCAA